UCUUGGCCCUGCUACCUGAGAUGACUAGAGAUGCCGGGGACAUUUUUCAUAGAAAACAUACAGUCUACCACUGAGCUAAGGUGUUUCCUCUAUGAACCAAUUUAGAGUUGGUAAUUUUUUACAUCUAUCUGUUUGUAGGACACUUUUAGUCUGCAAAAUGGUUUAUAACUCUCACAUCCUCCGAGGAGCCAUAUGAAGGAAGUGCAGUAAAGUGUAACCUCAGACUUUUGCAGUGUAUCCCCUUUUAUCCCCUUUCGUUGCAUAAAGUGUGGGUCUCCUUUGAAGCAAAACCCUGUUGCUUUGUCUCUACAACUGCAUGAUAGAUACUUAAUAAAAAUGUAUGUUCUUCAGCAAAUACUAGUCAUAUGUAAUGCAAGGCUGGCCAACCUUUCCCACUCUCCAGGGCUCCAUUCGUGGGGGGAGGAGUAGUCAAGGCCAUACACCUGUGGUGUUUGGGGCCAUGGCCAAAAGAAGGCAGGGUCAAAGCAUACAUAGACAUUCACACCCCAUUCACAAACCUACAUACAGUGGCACCUCGGUUUAUGAACUUAAUCCUUUCCGGAAGUCCGUUCUUAAACCUAAACUGUUCUUAAACCUAGGCGUACUUUCCCUAAUGAGGCCUCCUGCCACCGGUGCCUUUCCACCGUUCGGAUUCCAUUCUUAGACCGAGGAUGGAGGAAUUGCUGCAUAUGUUCCCAGCAACAUUAUUAUGGGAUUUUUUCUGGUUCUAUGGCCUGCAAAAAACUGCUCCGAACUUCAUUGAAACCCACCUUCUUUCCAAGUGGAAAUCUUUUCUUUCAAAGAACUCCAGAAAGCAUAAUAGAAGAGAUUACAAGUACCUAUGGAGUGAGGCCCUUUUCAUUAUCCACUGCUCUAAUGGUAUUCUUUGGAGGUGGCAGAGGAAGAAAUGAUGGUCAAAAGGAGCAGCUCACCCUGAAGGAUGUGACAGAACUAAUUCAGAAGAAAGAAUGCAAGAGAGUCGUGGUGAUGACUGGAGCAGGGCUCAGCACUCCUAGUGGUAUCCCUGAUUUCAGGUCCCCUGGGAGUGGUCUCUACAGUAAUCUCCAGCAGUAUAAUAUUCCUUAUCCAGAAGCCAUAUUUGAGCUUAAUUACUUUUUCCACAAUCCCAAGCCUUUCUUUACAUUGGCCAAGGAGUUAUACCCUGGCAAUUACAGGCCAAACUAUGCUCAUUACUUUCUCCGACUUCUGCUUGACAAAGGGCUCCUUCUGCGUCUGUACACACAGAACAUUGAUGGGCUGGAGAGAGUUGCUGGGAUUCCUCCAGAUAAACUAGUUGAGGCUCAUGGUACAUUUGCUUCUGCUACAUGCACUGUCUGUCGAAGGUCAUACCGUGGUGAAGACUUCAGGGAAGAUGUGAUGGCUGACAAGAUCCCCAAGUGCCCUGUGUGUACUGGAAUGAUCAAACCUGACAUUGUGUUUUUUGGAGAGGAGCUCCCUCAUCGGUUCUUCUUGCACGUGACAGAUUUUCCUGUGGCAGACCUGCUCCUUGUCAUCGGAACCUCCCUUGAGGUGGAGCCAUUUGCCAGUCUAGCUUAUGCAAUUCGCAGCUCUGUUCCACGUGUGCUGAUCAAUCGGGAAUUGGUGGGACCAUUUGCCCAUCAGCCACAGCACAGUGACGUGGUUGAACUGGGAGACGUCAUCAUUGGAGUAGAAAAAGUAGUGGAACUGUUGGGCUGGAAGGAGGAGUUGCAAGAAUUAAUGAAGAAGGAAAAAGAAAAGCUGGAUGCAAAAGACAAAUAGGAAAUCUGACUCCUGCUGUUGGAAAUGAUGUUUACCUCCUAAAGGACUGUUCGUUGCAACCAAAGUUUACAGCAAUAAGAGCAGAGAACUGGAGGAAAAUAUGCUCUCCAUUGUGCUAGCACCCAGUAGGUUAGAAGAACUAAAAAUCAUUCAGAGAACCAGUCUAGUUGCACUUGGAUGUCCUCUGAAGGAUCUUGGGAGAUAAUGAUCAAAUGGUAGGUUGUGAAUUUGGUUUUGCAUAAGGAGAGGCUCUAGAUACCAGAGUGGAAGAUGAAGAUGUACAUUAUAGCUGCUACUUCCCAUUAAACAUCACCUCUUAAGCUGUUUCUCCAAGCAAACUCUUCAAAUGUUUUCUAAACCAUCACAGAUCUUGUGGUGUUGCACUAGUAGCCGUCGCUGCAAUAGCAUGCAUCACAGAGUUAUGAUGAAUUUGACAUUGUACCAACUUGUGAAAGAAUUUGGAUUAGGCCAACUUUAAUAACUAAGCUUAGAAGUUUGACUGUUGAGUCAGUGUGUCUUCUGCUGUAGCUUCUGUGAAGAUCAACCUGAAAUCUGAUAUUCUAAAAUAUUAAUAUGCAGUGUAUCAUUUAUGUAACAUGAAGAGAUAAGGUGUGUGUAACUACAAUUCUAGCAAGAAAUGACAACUAUGAAAAGUGUAGUGAAGCUGCCGUUUGAACUUGAAUAAACACUUAUUGAGUGGCAAUAAUUAGUCAAAAUAAAA